AUGGAUACGACACAGGAUCUAUCGAAGGUAGAUCAGCUAAACAUUGUUGUGAGGUAUGCAGUAAUAACCAGAUCGGAAAAUGGACAGUCAAUUGAUAUAGAAGUAAAAGAAGUGUUUCUAGUCUUUUAUGCAGCCAUCAAACAUGGCGCAGUAGAUUUAGUCAACCAAGUGACAACAUUAUUUAUCGACAAAAAUAUUGAUUUAAAAAAAUGUGUGGGCCAAGACUAUGAUGGAGCCAGUGUGAUGAGUGGUGUGUAUAAUGGUGAACAAAAACAUAUUAAGGAUAUCCAGCCUAACGCAGAGUACGUACAUUGUGCCACUCAUAAUUUAAAUUUGGUGAUAAAUGAUGCCGUUAGCAGUUGUGUGGAAAUACAAAUUUUUUUCGCAACGUUGCAAGAUUUGUAUAACUUUUUCGGAAACAGCAUCAAACGUUGGGAUCUACUGUCAAAAUUCACUGGUGAAUCAGACACCACUCUAAAAUAA